AGCCUCUUAUCAGAGUACUUCGGCCAGGUCCUGCCCAUUGACGCCCAGAACUGACCGGCUGCGAUGUUCAAAGCUGUUCCCGUUACCGACAGCCAGAGAAAUGCCACUGAGUGGAGCCUCGGCUGGACAACACUUUCGGGGGUACAGGUCAUCCCUGCCGGCCGUCGAAACUGUUCGAAUUGGGCCCUGCACUGCCUAAAGCCGGCCCUGGCUGCAGGGAAUACAUCACCUCUCUCUAUGUGAGAUCGACGCAUGUGUAUCUAUCAUUCUCUAUAGAGAUAGAAAGAGAGUCAGGCAGCCCCCUCGGAGGGAACAGGACUGAACCCAGCAGGGUGGGAGAUUGCCUGGCCCCCAGCCCCAAAUCUUAUUCCAACUGCCCAGCGCUGCUGAGCGCAAGGCCGGGCACCCAGCCACAUCUCGGCAGGCGCUUCAGGGGCUGGGAACACGUGGGGAUUGGAGAAGCAGCACCCAAAGGAUCUGUACGGGCCAGGAGGCGACAGGCGGCAGCUGGGCCUGAGCAGGUUCGUUCCCCAGCGGCGAAGAUUCUCCUCCAAGGAUCCACUCCGGAGAGCAGCUUUAGCGCCUGAGCCGGAGGCUGGUUGGUCACUGCAAAUCCCAUAUCCCCCUUCGCCUGCCCACACCUGUCCUCACGGGCUCCGACUCCCAGCUGGGUUACACCAAGAUGAAGAUCUACGCAGAAAAAGAGGAUGUCACUCUGGACCCAGACACAGCUCACCCCAGUCUGACCCUUUCCAAGGACAGGAGAAGUGUGACAGCCACAAACACAAGGCUGGCUCUGGCCAAUGACCCGGGGAGAUUCGAUGUUUACUCCUGCGUGCUGGGCUCUGCUGGCUACAUAUCAGGGACACAUUACUGGGAUGUGGAGGUGGCCGGCACAGGGAGCUGGGCUCUGGGUGUCACCAGGGAGUCCGCCAGCAGGAAGGGCUGGUUCAAUUUCAGUCCCGAGCAAGGCACCUGGGCCAUCCAGCUCUCCAUGGGCCAGUACCGGGAAGUCACCGCAGAAUGGAGCCCGCUGGACCCGCCGCAGAGCCCCAGCAAAAUCAGAGUGUAUUUGGACUAUGAAGGGGGGGAUGUGUGCUUCUAUGAUGCAGACACCAUGGCCCCCAUCCACGCCUUCACCUCCUCCUUCCAGGGGAAGAUCUACCCCUUCUUCUGGGUCUGGUCUGUAGGGGCUUCCCUUAGACUGUAACCGUAACAUGUCUGGAUUUUAGCCUGUAAACACCUCUGUUCUGCCUGCCACGCUGCCCCUUGUGCAUGGAUGGGACAUGCCCCUUAAUAAAACCAAGCAGCCGCUA